GACGCGGUGCCUGGGUAUCGGCAGCUGAGGGAGGCUUAAAGAGACAACAGCAAAAUCAUAGCAACUUGAGGGCAAGAGAAACGAAAUGAGAAAGAUACCCUCAAGCGAAGAACCAUGACUUCGACUACGUUUCGAUAGCUGAAAUUUAAAGACAUACAGCUGACAUCAAACCCAUCAGUUACUCGUCUUUCUCGUCGCUGUGCUCCCUCCGUCGUCUGCUGUGGCCCUGCAACAUGGAGAAUGUCCACUGUGUCACUGAAGGCUGACCAGAAGAAAUGAGGCACUCCAAAAGAUGUUCCCAAGUGGCCUUGUGGAUGCAGUAGCUGGGUUUCCGAGUGCUUUUUUAUGACUAGUAUUGUAUGUGCGUCUGUGGGCAUAUCCUAGCACAACCUGCCUAUUCUUCAGGCAGGGACAUGCUACUCUGAGGCUGGAGCUGGAGAAACACACAAGAAAGACGGCCCCUCUGGUAAACACGGAACACGAAGAAAAAAAGGGAAGCACUCAGCAGAAGAGCUGUCUGAUAGACACACGGGGCACUGCAGCUCGUUUAAAGUGUCUGCUGAGCCACUGCACAUUUUAACAGCAACACCUUUCCUCUGUCCUACAAAAUUUUGUCUCCCACCCCCUCCCAAAAGCAUCCUCUGUCGUUGUUAUUGGAAUUUCUAUGGUUUGCAUGGCUGGAGAAUAACCGUGGAGAGGCCAGGGUAUCACAAGCUUAUGGAUUUUGAUAAGAGAGGGGGCAAGGGAGAGACAGAGGAAGGGAAAAAGAUGUCUAAGACAGCAGGCAGCAGGACUGGACAUGGGGGCCGGAGUUCAGGGACCAAUUCUGGAGUUCUUAUGGUUGGCCCAAACUUCCGUGUGGGUAAAAAAAUUGGCUGUGGGAACUUUGGAGAGCUGCGGUUGGGAAAAAAUCUCUAUACUAAUGAAUAUGUCGCCAUCAAAUUGGAACCUAUAAAGUCCAGGGCACCACAGCUCCAUUUGGAGUAUAGAUUUUACAAACAGUUGGGAAAUUCAGAGGGAAUCCCUCAGGUGUACUACUUUGGUCCUUGCGGGAAAUACAACGCCAUGGUGCUGGAGCUGCUUGGGCCCAGCCUAGAGGACCUGUUUGACCUCUGUGACCGCACCUUCUCCCUCAAGACAGUCCUCAUGAUAGCCAUACAGCUGAUAACACGGAUGGAGUAUGUCCACACCAAGAGUCUGAUAUACAGAGACGUGAAGCCAGAAAACUUCCUGGUUGGGCGGCCCGGAAGCAAGAGGCAGCACACCAUCCACAUCAUUGACUUUGGUCUGGCCAAAGAGUACAUAGACCCCGAGACCAAAAAACACAUCCCUUACCGGGAGCACAAGAGUCUGACUGGGACGGCACGCUACAUGAGCAUCAACACACACUUGGGAAAGGAGCAAAGCAGAAGGGAUGAUUUGGAAGCGCUGGGUCACAUGUUCAUGUACUUCCUCCGAGGUAGUCUCCCCUGGCAGGGCCUAAAGGCGGACACUUUGAAGGAGAGGUAUCAGAAAAUUGGAGACACCAAGCGAGCGACACCCAUUGAAGUGCUUUGUGAAAGCUUCCCUGAAGAGAUGGCCACCUACCUGCGCUAUGUGAGGAGGCUGGACUUCUUUGAGAAGCCUGAUUAUGACUACUUGAGGAAGCUCUUCACUGAUCUGUUCGACAGGAACGGCUAUGUCUUUGACUAUGAAUAUGACUGGGUCGGCAAAUCACUUCCCACACCGAUAGGCCCUAUCCCCAGUGACACGCCCCUGCAGCCCAGCAGCAGAGACAAAGCACAACAGCAGACCAAAAACCAGUCGCCUGAGCCCAAAGGAAGUGAGUCUCAGCCCACUCCAGUGACCAAUAAGGAGACUCUGGGGUCGCACCUCACAGCUGAGCGGCUGGGGGGCUCUGUUCAGGUGAUGAGCUCAACAAAUGGCGAGCUGAACACUGAUGAUCCCACAGCCGGACACUCCAAUGCUCCCAUCACCGCUCCCACCGAGGUUGAAGUGGCUGACGAAACCAAGUGCUGUUGUUUCUUCAAAAGGAGAAAGAGGAAAGCCCUCCAGAGGCACAAGUGAAAGAAGAGAACGGAGAGAACUUGAAACAUUGUGGUCACUGUCAAGUUUUAAAUGGAAGCAACUACACAGACCCCCCUCCUGUCCCUUAUCUCUUUCCAGCUUCCCCCUCACCUCUUUAUCCCUCUCACCUUAUUCCCCCCGUCACUCUGUACCUCCCCCCUCUCGCGCUCUCUUUCUCGUUCUCAGUGCUCCCUGGCUACUGGAGAGUUGAAGGAAUGUUGCAGUCCUACUGACUCCACAACAGACUCUUGAUUCCUUUAUCAACGAAAAAUAAACGUACCUGCAUUACAACGGGGGGCUUGAGAAAAAGUAAAAAAGCUGUAACAAUGAAACUCGAAUACCGUGGCGUGAAUAUGAAAAAAGAUACUGUUUGAAACAGUUAUUGUCUACAGUAGAUUCCAUAAGAAGGCGUAUUGUUCCAACAGUCAGCUGUUGAUCAGGGGGAACCAUUCGAGUGGUUCAAGUCAAAGAAAUCUGCUCCUUAGGAAUUUUUAUUUUAUUUUCUUCCUUUGGUGUGUGUUCUGGGAUCAAGGUUAAGAGAAAGGUGAACUAUGCUGUUGUUAAAUCUGAGCGACACAGGAAGCAUUUCAUCUAUAAAACAGAAUCUGGAGGAUUUUAUGGUUUGUUUGUUUUUUUCCCUUUCUUUUUUUGUAAUUGAAUCCUCAGUUUUCGAAGUCAAAUCCCUACAUUGAAAAACUCAUUUUUAUGUUGUAGUGUUUCUGGAGUUCAGUUCUUUUCCUCACUCUGGCUUUCUUUUUGUCUGUCAACGUGGACUUUGUAGCACAGUCACUGGCCUCAGGUACUGUGGAAGAUCGAGAGAAACAGAUAUUAAGCUCUCUUAUUAUUAUUGCACUUUUGGGAAAAAAAAGAAAACAAUUACAGUGGAAAACUUUAGGUUUGAAAUUAACAAUUAAGAAAACAACUUAAUAAAGACUGAUCUAGGAAGAGUCCUUCACAACGCUUAUAUCUGAGUUAUGGCCGAAAAAAUGUUGUCGAUUUACAUGAAAAGAAAAAAAAAGAUAUGUCUUUCAAUUUUUAUUUCUUACAUCAAAAUAAUUUACCAGGAAAUCAUAGUUUGUGCCUUUCUAAGUAAAAUGUUUAAAGCUCAA